AUGAACUUCCUCAUCGUCCCCAUAGCGCUUGUCGCUGCGCAGGGCGGCUUCAUCUACGGCUUCGAUUCUGGAAUUAUUGCCACAACUUUCGGCCAUGACAGUUUCAAGCUCAAGAUGUACGGGCCUUCUAUGGUCAACACAGCGUACACAGGUGCAAUCGUUUCCGUCUACAACGCAGGCCAGGCCAUCGGCGGCAUGACGACCGGAUAUCUCGCCGACAGAUUCAGCCGAAAGUAUACGAUUCUUAUUGCAUCGAUCCUGACCAUCAUUGGGUCCGUUCUCCAAUGCGCUACCAUGGAGGUUGGAAUGAUGAUUGCUGGACGUCUGAUAGCAGGCAUUGGAUGCGGCGAGCUUCUCUCCGUUGUUCCCAUCUACCUUGCCGAAGUCGCACCGCCUGCCCGUCGUGGGUUUCUCGUCGGACUACAGGGAAUGAUGAUUGCCAUUGGUUUCGGAAUCGCUAACUGGGUCGGGUUUGCUGGGGCUUUUGCCUCCGGAGAUGGACAGUGGCGGAUCCCAUUGGCGAUGCAGCUCCCCAUCCCUCUUGUCCUCUCCGUCAUGUUGUUCUUCGUUCCCUUCUCGCCCCGUUGGCUGAUUCUCAAGGACCGGUACGAAGAAGCCAAGACGGUUCUGGCCAAUCUGCACGGGGCGACGGAUAACGACGACCUGGUCGAACGAGAGCUCAUCCAGAUCAGGGAGCAGAUCUUGAUGGAGAGGCAACAGGGCAACAUGAACUGGGCCACGGCCAUCAAGCAAAUGUUCUCGCGCCAGUACGUCCGUCGCACUCUCACGGCCGCCUUCAUCGUCACCAUGGGCCAGCUCAGUGGUUCCUCCGUCAUUCAAAACUUCCAAAACAUCUUCUACGCGACCGUUGGAUUUACAGGUCGAACGGCUUUGCUUAUCAGCGGUGCGUAUGGUAUGAUGGGCAUCACAGGCCAGGUUAUCUACCUGGCAGUGGUGGCGGACCGCUGGCCACGAACGCGCACCCUCUGGAGCGGCUCUCUCGUACUGAGCGCCAUGAUUGCUCUCUGCAUGGCUUUGAGCGCGGUGUACGGCAACAAGGACAACGACAACGCUGCCGGAGCGAGAGCGGCCAUCGCGGCCAUCUUCGUCUACUCCAUGUGCUACGCAAUCUUCUUCAACGCCAUGAUCUGGGUCGUGCCUUCGGAGCUGUUCCCCUUCUUCCUUCGUACUAAGGGUCUCGCCUUUGCGGUCGCGACGAAGUCCGUCACCGCUAUCGUGCUUUCGCAGAUUACGCCUCUUGCCAUUGCGUCUGUCAGCUGGAGGUACUACUCACUCUUCAUCGCAACUAACCUCGCCGCGGCCGUCUUUUACUUCUUCUUUCUCCCUGAGACGUCCGGAAAGUCGCUGGAGGAGAUUGCGGAGCUGUUUGGCGACGAUCUUGCCACGAAUCGCCUGGGAGAUCUCGACGUAGACGCCAAGAAUGGUAUUGGGCCGGAGGCAGAGUUCCACGAAUUUUCUGAGAGGCGCCCAGUUCAGUAG